UUUCCUCUACAUUCCCAGUGCUAACGAUACGAUAUCACUUCAGUUCCAUUAGAACCUUUGACGAAGAUUGUUGAUACUUUGCUUAUUAAAAGAGAUUGUAAGAAGAUUAUUAUGGAUACAGGAGAACAAAAGGAAAGUCUUGAACCGAGACAAUAUCAGUUGGAGGUGUUAAAUUAUGUGUGCAAUCGAAAUGGUAUUAUUUAUUUGCCAACUGGUGCAGGCAAAACUUUCAUUGCUAUUUUAGCAUUGAAGCACUUUUCUUCACAACUACAAGAGACUAUUAAAAAUGGAGGAAAACGUGCCAUUUUUAUGUGCAAUACGGUGGAGUUGGCUCGCCAACAAUAUAAGCAGUUAAAAAAAACUACCAAUUUAAAAAUUGGCCUCUACAUUGGCGACCGAGAUGUUGACAAUUGGAGUCCCAGGCAAUGGGAAACGGAAAUUGAUAAUAACCAGGUUUUAGUUGGUACAGCACAAAUAUUUGUCGAUAUAGUUAAUCAUAAUUUAUUGAAAAUAACAGAUUUGAGCAUUGUUAUUAUCGAUGAAUGUCACCAUGCAACCGGUAAUCACCCAAUGCACGAGUUUCUGCGUGCCUUCCAGUACUGUGAUCAAAAUAAAUUGCCACGUAUUAUCGGUUUAACCGGUGUUAUUAUAAAGGGAAACAAGUUUGGACAAGUAUUAGAAGAGUUGAAGAAAUUGGAGGCCACAUUUCGGGGUAAUAUUGUAACAAUUCGAGACAUGGAACAAAUGAAAAAUGUAAUGUUAUAUUCAACAAAGCCAAUCGAAGUAAUGGUGACGUUUUCCAGUCACAGUCAUGAUUUCGGUGUAAAUCAUGAGGUUAAGAACAUUAUUAAUCAAUGUCAAGAAGUCAUUAAAAAUUUUGAUAUUGGCAACUUGCCAAAAAAGAUGUCAAAAAACCUUGGAGAUAUACGCGAACCAAAUAAAAAAAAUGCCAUCUGUAAUUUACUAAACGAUUUUGAACACCAAAUGAAGGAAUUUGGUUUAUACGCCGCAUCUAUAGCCAUCAUGUCACCGAUAAUUGAAUAUGAAAUUAAAAAGCGACAAGCUGAAACGCUAGCCCUGCGUAAUUUAUAUCGUUACGUUAUACAAUGUUGUGAACGUAUACGACAUAUUAUUGUCAAUGAACUGAAAAGUUUGCUGGACGACGGGGAAACCGAUUGGAACACUAUUGAAAUAAUUGAAAACUUUUCUACUCCAAAACUAAUAGCAUUAUUUAAACAUAUGAAGGAUAUGUUUUCGGGAAAACGAGCCGAUGAAAUCGCAUGUUUGGUGUUUGUAGAACGACGCUACACUGCAAAAUGUUUGUACUACGUAUUAAAAAAUUACAUGUCACAGAUUCCAGAACUUAAAGAUGUUAUUCGUCCACAAUUUAUGGUGGGACGACAAAGUAUUCUCUAUAGCAUUGAAAGUAUUUUGGAUACAAAAUGGAAUAAGUCGGCAAUUGAUGAAUUUCGCUCGAAACAGUGUAAUAUCAUUAUCUGUUCGAAUGUCUUGGAAGAAGGCAUUGAUGUGCAAGCAUGCAAUUACGUGUUUGCAUUUGAUACCCUUAAAACAUUUAAUUCGUACAUACAAUCUAAGGGUCGGGCACGAUCCAAUAAUUCUUAUUAUUCUGUAUUUGUUAAGGAAACAGAAAGACUUCAGACGUUGACAAAAAUCAAAACCUAUCGCCAAACACAUGAACAGAUAAAAGAGUUUUUAAGGAGCCGCACUUUGGAUCGUGAAGAUCCGACCGAAGAGGAAAUCGCUACACAAUUUGCUGAGCUUAUACCACCAUACGUAGUACCAAGUGGCGCACGUUUGAUUGCUUCAGCUGCUUUGGCACUAUUACAUCGUUAUUGUCAGACUUUGCCAUGGGAUAGUUUUGGUGCUUCACAGCCUUGGUAUAGCAAAUUGCCGCCAAAUAAGCUGGGCAAAAUAGCUGUAUCUUUGUGUUUGCCACUUCAAUCUACCGUCAGAGAAACAAUUAUUAGUGAUUAUUAUCCGACGGCAAAGGAAGCAAAAAUAUCAGCCGCUUUCAAAGCAUGUGUAAAACUGUACGAACAUGGUGAACUCAAUAAAUGUCUCGUACCCAUUACGAAAUCUGAAUGCAUUGCAAAUGUAUCAGAUCAUCUUUUUGAACAUUGGAAGAAAUAUAAUGAUGAUAUUACAAACAAAAAAUUUGAAACGGUUGGAAAACAAUUGAAACGUACAUAUGAACGCCAAUGCCCGGAUGAAUUGAAAAGUUCUUUACCACGCUUAGGAGAAAAAGCAUAUGCCUACUCAAUCCACUUCUCAACGGAUUUCGAAACGAAUGCGUACAACGAACACAUAGUCAAUUAUUUGGGGUCGAAGUCGAACUACGCCAUACUCCUUAAUAAGAAGCUUCCAAAAUUGGCUAAAAUGCCGUUAUUCAUGACACAGGGCAAAUUGCACGUUAAAAUCUCUGAGCAGCCCAUAGAAUGUGUUAUAAAUAAUCAAGAACAACUGAAUGAAUUACUACAAUUCCAUACUAUGAUCUUUAAGGAUCUUUUGAGUUUGUGGAAAGAUUUUCUUGUUGUCGACCGUAGAGAUCAAGAAAAUUCUUAUCUCAUUGUACCACUGGACGAAAUACCUUCCAUUGACUGGCAAUUAAUAAAGAAAUUCCAACAUUUGAAUCCAUGCCGGCCGUAUACUCUUGCUGAACGUCAAAAUGCACAAUAUCGUCCCCAAGACUACUUAAACAAAGUUUUAACCAAAUGGUACGGCGAAAUUCAAUAUGAAACAUUUGUUGUUACUAAAGUACAUGAAAAUCUUACUCCAAUGAGUCCAUUCGAUAAUAAACAAUACAGAACCUAUGCCGAAUUCUAUUCAUCACGAUACGAUAUGGAGAUUGUUAAUAAGAAACAAUUUUUAUUGGAAGUUAAGAGCUUAACACAACGUCGAAAUUUCUUUAAUAAUGCCUGUAAUAAGAGUACUGAUAAGAGAAAGGAUCUCAAUAAAAUAAUAUUGAUACCAGAACUUUGUCAUAACUAUAAAUAUCCGGCCGAUUUGUGGUUGAAGGCAUUGUUCUUGCCCACAAUUCUGCAUAGAGUCUAUUACAUGCUACACGCUGAGUCGUUACGCAGACGUAUCAAUAAAUAUUUGAAUUUGGAUAAAUAUUUUCAUAAUUACUCGCCGAAACCCUUAAUUAUUGAUGAGUCUUUGAAAAGAGUGAUAGAUGACGAUGGAAAUCUUGUCAAAGGAAAAGAGCAUCCUAAAAAGGUACUACUAUCUUUGCCAACUAAAAAACAAUCUUCAAACUAUCAAGUACAUCCUUUAGAUGCUGAUGAUGUUGCGUGGAAAAAGUUUUUGGAACCCGUGGAUUUGUCACGAAAACUUGACAAUACCUUUCCGGUUGAAAUCGAUUACUAUUAUAAAUUUAUAAUGAGUUUAAUUCCAGAAAUUGAAAAUUUAAGAUUAAACGAGGAAAUGGAAUAUUCGAGAUCCCAAUUCGAAAUGCCAUCGAUAGCUGUUACACGAGGACAAACACUUGAUAGGGGUUUAAAUCAACUUGCCAUUAAGGAUUCCACAGUUGCAGCAAAAAUCGAAAUAGAAAUGUUGAAAAGAAACUUUGAGCCAGACCACUGCUUGAAGUCGGCCGAACAAUAUGAAUUCUUGGCGGCUAUAACGGCAGCCCGUGUUAACGAUGUCUUUGAUAUGGAACGUUACGAACUCUUGGGUGACGCAUUCUUGAAAUUUUCAACAUCGUUGUUCUUGGCCAACAAGUAUACUAAUUGGCAUGAAGGUUUUUUAACAAUCAUUAAAGGCCGCAUGGUAUCGAAUCGUAAUCUGCUGUAUUGCAUGAAGGAAACAAAUAUUUGCCAAAUGAUUUGCGCUUCAUUGUUCAAUCCAAAUGUAUGUUGGGUGCCUCCUUUGGCUGGACUGCCGGCAAAUCUAUUGGAAAUGUUGAAGAAAAAUUUACCAGCUGUUUCCAUCUUAAGUCCAAGCGAUUUUUAUAGUCUACAAUUAACCGAUGAGGAAAUUUUAUCGGGAAAAUGUUCCCCUGAAAAGUUGGAACGCUUUGCGCAGGCCUGUAUUAAAAGCCAAGAACUUGUGGCAAGCAAUGUCGAUAUUGAUCCCGAUAACGAUAUGAAUAUUUUUAUAAACAAGGACGUUAUAAGAGACAAAAUCAUUGCCGACACUUUAGAAGCUCUGCUAGGAGUAUGUGUUAAAAACUAUGGUAUACAUCGCAGCUUCCGGAUGUUGGAAUUUUUUGGGAUUUUCAAAUCGGAAAAGCAAAACUCACAUAAUCUCCUAGAUUUGGAGCUAAGUAGCAAACAUUUGCGCACAAAUAUUUCAGAAAAGGAAAUAGACGGCUUCCUAAUAAACUACGAAUGUUUAGAACAAAAUCUGGGCUAUAAAUUCCGAGAUCGUGCUUAUUUGCUACAGGCUUUAACGCAUCCCUCUUAUCCUACGAAUCGUUUGACAGGUUGUUAUCAAGAACUUGAAUUUAUUGGUGAUGCCAUACUUGACAUGCUGAUAACAUGUUAUAUUUUCGAGCGUUACCAAAAUAUGAAUCCUGGUAAAAUGACUGAUCUGCGUAUGGCUUUAGUCAACAACAUUACUUUAGGAUGUAUAUGUAUACGCCAUAAAUUUCACUUAUAUUUGCUUUCUGAAAAUGCGGCCUUAUCAGAAGCGAUAACAUCUUUUGCCGAUUUUCAGCAGACCCAGAAUUAUCGUGUCACCGAUCAAGUACGCAUUUUGAUGGAGGAACAUAACGAUUCUAUCAAUCCUUUCAAUGAUAUCUUAAAUUUUUCAAAUAACGAGGACGACAAUAGUGGCAAUGAAGAUGAUGACAUGGAAAGUGGUGAGGAUGAUAGACAUUUCACUGAUAGCGAAAACAGUGACACUGCAGCCUGGCCCCGCGAAAAGAAAACCUAUAAUAUGGCGAAAAAUGUUGAUGUUCCAAAAGCUUUAGGCGACAUUGUCGAAGCACUUAUAGCUGCUGUGUACUUGGAUUGUCGUGAUUUAAAUACUACCUGGAGAGUUAUAUUCAAUCUAAUGAAAGUAGAACUUGGAGAGUUCUCCGUCAAUGUUCCUAUUGAUGCGGUGCGUCAAUUAGAGGAAAAUAAACAAGCAAAGCCAAGAUAUAGUCCACCUGUUAUCGACAAUAAUGAUGUGAUGGUGAAAUGCAUCUUCAAUUGUUUGGACAAAUCAUUUACAACAAACGGCUUUGGAUGCAAUGCCAAGCAAGCCAAGAAAGCAGCCGCCAAACAAGCCUUACAAAUUCUAGCUAAACAUGCUAAUUAGAACCGCUCAUCGCCAAUGUUUUUAUUAAAAUUUUAAAUUGUGUAUUUCAUAUUAACGGGGCGAGACGAGAAGUAGUAAUUGUAAUCAAAAACUUAAGUAUGUUGCCAAAUAUAUAAGAGGUGAGAAUAUAUUGCACGUACUUUGUUACUAUAACUCCCUUAUGUGGAGUCAUUUCAAAACUGUAUAUUCCAACUAGGGUUCCUAAUUUCUCGAACUUUUUCCAUGCCCAAGACACAAUAAAAAAAUCUGAUCAUUCCCGGGUAUUUUGUAUAAAAUGUAAAGGGUAUUUUUUAAGCCUGAUAGAACUUGAAAUUGCAGAAAAUAACACAAGAAAGUAAAUUUUAUUCCAAAAAGAUCAGUAAUGACAUUAAAAUUUUAAAAAGAUUUCGGUCAUAUGGUAACUGCGGCUGUUCUUGACGAUGCACAUUCUGGACGUCUAAUUUUGGGCGACUUUUUUAUCAUUGCUGGCCAUAUGUCAUGAUUAACACGAACAAUGUUGGCCUCCAAUGCGUUAGAUGUUGCUGGUUUAACAGCAUAAUCUAGCCAUUUCUCGAAAUCAAGUUAUCGCCAAAUUCUGAUUUCAAUUAAACAAAAAACGGUGGGGUUACAUUUUUGAAGAAAUCAGGUCCGAUGAUACCACCAGUGCAUUUUUCUGGAUGUAGUGUAGUUUAUUGUGUAUUGGUCUCACUCCACAUUCGACAAUUUUGUUUAUUAGCAAACCUGUUAAGCCAAAAGUGAGCCUCAUCGCUGAACACAAUUUUGCGAUAAAAUAGUCGCCUGUAAGUUGCGCGAAUCGAUGAAUUAUUUUGGAAGUAAAUUUGUAUAAUUUGGUAGUAUUGUUCAAGCGUCAAUCUAUUCAUGAUGAUUUGCCAGAGUAAACUGAAUUAGGUGUUAUUUCACUAUAUUGGGAGUUAUUUAAUUUUUGUUGGGUUCUACUUUGGGUUGUUCUCCUUUGUGUAGUAUUAAAAACCGGCUUCACAUUCUCCUCUGAAAAGAUUAUUUUUCCUUUGUCGGCCUUUGUCAGGUCGCAACGAUUUCUAUUUUGGUGCGAAAUCAAAAUCGGCUUUCUGAAAUAUUAUAAAACCAUUCUGCAAUGAAAGAAAUCUUUUCUGAGCGAAGCCAGAUUUUGAUACACCCCAGAGGAGAACUGUCAACAAUAUGACAGUUCAUUUGGCAGUUAACCUUUCGUAAGUUCUAUCUGGCUUUAAAAAACACCCUUUAUAUUGUUUUUUUGAAAACUAAAAUAAAAUUUGUGAAGAAACAACCAGAAAUAAGUAUAAAUUAUGCAUAACAUAACAAUUUGAGUUCACUAAUCGAGAUCUCGAAAUUAUCGCAUUAUCUAAGAUUGAUUUACAUUAUUUAUCCAAAUCAGGUCUGUACCGUGAAAAAUUCACUCAGAUACAUUUUCGUUAUUUUUCCAAUGACUUCUAACAAACAAUGAUGGAUGCUGAUAUACUAUUCUAAAUUAACUGUUGUAUGGUAAUCUCAAAUUCUCAUAUGCUGAUGUCAGAUUUAAUACAUGUUCGGUGUUUCUAUAUCUUUAAAGCAUAAGUCCAUAUAAAAUUUUCCAUAUUUUGUUUAAUGUUUAUUUUUUGUUCUAAUAUUAAAUCAUUACCAAUAUUAAUUAAUUGCAAAUAAAGCUGUUUUAAAUG